UGAAUGGUGCACUUUGGCAGAAUUCCAAGAAGCCUGAGAAUGAUUCGUACAUCAAAAGGCACUGUCAGCUUGAAGAGCGCAAUGAAGAUUUUCCUAUCACUAAUAGGAUACACUUACUGCAAGGAAAAAAGAUAGAAGAAACCACAUGUCAGGUGAUGACUUAUGAACAGUGGAUCCCACCUCGAGUUCACAGUCUGACUGAGCCUAGUAACAAUGAAAUGGUUCCAGAAUCAGACGAUAAUAAAGCUGAAUCAAUGGGAACAUUAAAACGAUUGCAGAAAUUGGUCCGAACAAAGAAAACCAGUAUACGUAGUAUGGAUGAUGUCAAACAUGUUUUGAUACCUCUCAAUCCACCUCAAGACUCCUAUCUCUCUGAAGAGGAAGAGGAAGCCCUGAUUUCCUGCAUGAAACUAACCAAGUCCCAGGAAAAAAAGGUCUGGAAAGACAAUGCUAGGGGAAAGGAAGAAACUGAGACUAGAGCAGAUUUUAUUUCUGCUUCGUUGGGAAGAUCUUAUACUUCCAGACUGAGCAAUAUAGGAAAUAUUUCCAUCCAUUCAGAAACUGAAUUUCAGCUAUGGAGUGACUGGAAGCCCUUUCCCAAUAAUCAGCUCUGCCCAUGUGAUUUCGUGAUCUCAAAAAUAGAAAAAUGGGAAAAUUGUACUUGUUGUUCUCAUCAUCCGCAUCUUACUUGCUCUGUCACUGAUGUGGAUCUUCCAUAUUCAUGGCGCACAAGUAGUUUUGGAAACUUUGACCGUUUUAGGCACCAUUCAGUAUCAAAGCCAGACGAUUCAGCUGAGGUAUGUGAAGUGGAGACUGUAAGUGACAUUGGAGAUCCAGGACAAAAUAAAAUGGCAGGUAAUGGAGGAAGCCUGGGAAAGAAGAUGCGGGCCAUUUCCCUAACCAUGAAGAAAAAGAUGGGUAAAAAGUACAUCAAGGCACUCUCUGAGGACAUGAAUGAAGAAGGAAAAGUCUGCUACUCGCAUAGUGACCCUGGGGAUGAAACACACACAGAGAAGGUCUGCUUAAAAGCCAGUGACUCCAUGGACAGUCUCUAUAGUCUGAAUAGUGGCCAGAGUUCUUCUAGUGGAGUGACUAGCUGUUCCGAUGGAACCAGCAACAGGGACAGCUUUAGACUUGAUGAUGAAGUCCCUUACACUGGACCAUUCUGUGGACGAGCCAAAGUACACACCGACUUCACACCGAGUCCUUAUGAUACUGACUCUCUCAAAAUUAAGAAAGGAGACAUUAUAGACAUCAUCUGCAAAACCCCCAUGGGUAUGUGGACAGGCAUGCUGAAUAACAAGGUGGGGAACUUCAAAUUCAUUUACGUCGAUAUUAUUUUGGAAGCGGAAGCUACACCUAGGAAGAUAAAGGCACAAAGAAGGAGCAAAAGGGCCAAACCUAAAACUCUGCAGGAACUUUUGGAACGGGUCCAUCUUCAGGAAUACUCAUCAACCCUCUUGCUAAAUGGGUAUGAGACUUUGGAGGAUUUAAAGGAGCUACAGGAGAGCCAUUUGAUUGAACUACAUAUUACAAACCCAGAAGACAGGGCAAGGUUACUCUCUGCAGUUGAGAAUCUACAGGACUAUGAAAUUGAACAAGAACAUGAAAAUGAGCAACAGCCCCUGACCGUAAGCCCCGAUCCCAGCUUUAACAAGUCAGAGUUAAAUGACUGUCCAAGAGACUCUGGCUGUUACAUCUUAUCAGAAAAUUCAGAUAAUGGCAAAGAAGAGCUAGAUCCAGAAAACCUAUCUGACAUGCUACAGACGAUCACCAUCACUGAGACCAACUGAUAUACGUGCUUUUCUGCAGCUUUGCAGACAGGACUAUCAGAUAGAUUAAGCUAACUUGCUAGUAUGGCAGACCAGUAAUGGGUUGCAAAUAUUCUCAACAUUGACAGCACUCUUAGGGUUUCCAGCUGAAGGACAAUAUUUUUGACUUAUUCAAUAUAUGGAUGUUGCAUACCUGAAUCUUGGUUUGACAAAAAUAAUGUCCCAUGCUUUCCUUGUUUGUUAAUUCUUGAACAGUUGACUGAAGGGAAAAUAAAUAACUGCAGUAUAUAGGGUGACCAGAUGUCCCAUUUGUAAAGGGACAGUCCCAUUUUUGGGGACUUUUUCUUAUAUAGGCGCCUAUU